AUGGCACGUAAAAAUAUAAUAAAGGCAAUCAUUGCUUGCCUUUUUGCAAGUAUCGUUAGCACCGUAUACUGUGAACCACCUGAAGCUUUGGUCGGCGCUUCGCUUGCUCGAGAUAACGAAUUUCCAUACUUGGUAUCCAUAAGGAUAGACAAUAACCUUCAUUGCGGUGGUUGUAUCAUUGGUCCAUAUCACAUCCUUACUGCAGCUCACUGUGUGGUACCUUUGUUAGACGCAGAACCAGGUGAGGUAACCAUUGUUGCUGGAACGAACAAUCUUUACUCCGGUGGUCAAGUCUACGAACCUAGUCUUUAUAUUCGUCACCAUGACUUUAACCCGAAGAAUCCUUGGAUAAACGACAUCGGUAUCAUCAAGCUUGCCAGCCCAAUCGAAUUCAACGAUCGUGUAAAACCUAUUGCUCUGCCAACCCAAAAACCACCAGUCCACACUAAUGCCAUAAUCGGUGCUUGGGGUGCAACCUCUAGCUACCCAAGAAGAGCUUCUCCUUUGCUCAGAAAACUUAAUCUCAAAACAUUGUCUCAAGAUGAAUGCCAAAGUUAUUUCAGUUCCAUAGAUAUCAAAUCAUCUCAGAUCUGUACUCUCGUACAAAAGAAUGUUGGAACGUGUUCCGGUGACAGUGGCAGCCCAUUAUCCCUCUUUAAUGAAGUGAUUGGUAUCGUUUCUGGAGGAAUUCCUUGUGCUCGUGGAAUACCUGAUGUCUUCACCAGCGUUUACAGUUAUCUUAGUUUUAUUAAAUACGCAAUAACUCUUUGA